AUGUCGCUCUCUUCCGCCCUUUCCGCCCUCUUCACAUUAUCCGCUGUCGCAGGCGCUCUGGGCGUCACCGUGGUAGGGCCCAACACUAAUCUGACUAUCUCCAAUGUCCAGCUGAGCCCGGAUGGAAACAGCCGCUCGACUGUCGUGGCUGGGGGAUCUUUUCCUGGUCCUAUCAUUAAAGCAAACAAGGGUGAUCACUUCAAGAUCAACGUGGUAGACCAGUUGACGGACAAUACAAUGCUGACUAGUACAACGGUGCAUUGGCACGGUCUGUACCAGAAGGGAUCCAAUUGGGCGGAUGGUACAGCGAUGGUCACGCAAUGCCCCAUCAACCCAGGCAAUUCCUUCGAGUAUGACUUUAGUGUGCCGGACCAAGCUGGGACAUACUGGUACCAUUCGCACCUUGGAACACAAUAUUGUGAUGGCUUGAGGGGACCUAUCGUGAUAUAUGAUCCUAAUGACCCCUUCAAACAUAUGUACGACGUCGAUGAUGAGACUACUGUCAUCACUCUCGCCGACUGGUACCACACGGUCUCUACUCAGGCUGGACCCUUUCCGCUGUCUGACUCUGUCCUGAUUAACGGAAAAGGUCGGUAUCCGAAUGGACCGACCUCUAACCUUUCGGUGAUUUCUGUCGAGCACGGCAAGCGGUACCGCUUCCGCCUCAUAUCUAUGUCUUGCGAUCCUACAUUCACAUUCUCCAUCGAUGGCCAUAAUAUGACUAUCGUUGAGGUGGAUGGCGUCAAUCAUCAGCCCCUCAUAGUCGACUCGAUUCAGAUCCUGGCUGGUCAACGUUACUCGUUCAUUCUCGAGGCUAACCAGAAAGUCGACAAUUACUGGAUUCGAUCGCUCCCGUCUAACGGAAAUGCCGCGGGUCACAACUCCGGUGGCAUCAAUGCAGCAAUCUUGCGCUACUCCGGUGCCAAUACCACAGACCCGACGACAACAAGCUCCACUAGUGUUAUCCCUCUCCAGGAAACCAACCUUCAUCCGUUGGAAAAUCCUGAGGCGCCCGGGGGGAAGUGUGCGGGAUGCGGUGUCCACGCCAUUAACAUGGAUAUUGACUUCAGCGGCACUCAAUUCACCGUGAAUGAUGUUCCUUACAACAGCCCUCCGGUCCCUGUUCUGCUUCAGAUCAUGAGCGGUGCACACACCGCACAGGAGCUGAUGCCCCAGGGCAGUGUGUAUACGUUACCAGCCAACCAGGUUAUUGAAAUAUCUUUCCCGAUGGCAAGCGCGACUAGCGCUGGCGCUCCUCACCCGAUUCAUUUGCACGGACACACCUUCUCCGUCGUUAGGAGUGCAGGGUCCGACAAAUACAACUACGAUAGCCCGGUCAGGCGUGACGUUGUCAGCGUCGGCGGUGCCGACGCAAAUAACUCGGAUAACGUUACGAUCCGCUUUGUGACCGACAACUCGGGCCCGUGGUUCCUGCACUGCCACAUCGACUGGCAUUUGCAGGCUGGGUUUGCGGUUGUGAUGGCCGAGAAUCCCAACGGUACCACCGCAGCAGAGGGAAAGAUUCCGACUGCUUGGGACCAACUCUGCCCCGAAAGCGUUAACAACGGAACCAACCCGACUACCAAGAAGAUGCGCAGGGUUCACCACGUCGGCCGUCAUCUUCAACACGGGUCGCACGACUUUUGA